AUGCGAGAUUCUAAUUUUAGAGCUGUUUUGUCUAAUCGUCCUAUUGUGCCCAUUACUCAAACUGUUUACGAUAGGAAAUCUAUUGAUAUUGAUUCCAGUAUUCCUUUGAUCAAUUCUUUGAAUAAUUUGACGUAUUUGACCUCGAAUUCUGGGAAGAUCAGAGAAACUAUCUCGAAUGAUGGUUCUCUAGAGAGGUUGAUGUCGAUUCUACAGAACUGUCACCUGCCGUUGUUUGACGUUUUGUUCACUGAUGGAGAUAAUAUAAGUAUCCACAAGAAACACACUAGGGUAAGAAAUAUCUGCAAAGAGAAGAAGUUGGCGUUGUGUUCGUGGAAAUGGACUCUAGCGUUUCAAUGUUUGGUGUUGACUGGCACAAGGGGCACAGAGAAGAUAAGAGAGAAAGUUGUAUCAUCGGGUGUGGUCUCGUUACUGGCUACUGUAUUGGAUAAUUUUUUAUUGUUUCACAAAAAAUUUGAUUUUGUAAGUGACAAGAAGAUAAGUUUCGCUACUGAAAAUAUAACAUUCGACAAUUUGUUGUCAAGAGAAACAUUCAUGUAUAUGAGAAGUGAUCUAAAUGAGAGUUACGAGGAGUAUGUCUCUUAUUUAUUAGGAUAUGAUUUUAACAGUUAUAACGAUAUCGAGAAUUUAUAUAUUGUAAAUUAUUUAAAUAAUUCAGAUGAUUAUAAUCUAACGAUGGCCUCAGAUUUUGCAGAUAUAUGGAAUUCAGAUUUCGGGUUGUUUAAUAACAACAUAGAAAAGACAGAAGAUAACAGAAAUAUAAAUAUAAAUAUGGAUGACAGUAUGAAUGUAAUGGAGGAUGCCGAUAUGCUAGAUGAGACGAAUGAAGAAGAGAUUUUGAGUCCAAAUAAGGUAUUCACGGCUUCGCCAGGUAGCAAUAACACUUCUGAGAGUAAUAGUAAUAGAGAAAGGAGUGAGGAAGAUUUGAAUAAUAUUCAGAGUUAUAUUGACAAGGACUGUUUCUCAAUAGAUAUGGACCACGCUCCUUUGAUUUCCAUACCUAGGAGUCUGUAUUUUGGUAAGAUUAUACCCAAACAAGACGACGUCAUAUGGUCAUUACAAUUGCUGGCGUUCAUAUCGAAAUAUUCGUACAUGAAGAAUUCAUUACAAAAUUGUAAAUUAAUAGACUCAUUGUCGUUUAGAUCGAUAAUUGACAGGGUCAAUAAGAGAAUAGAUCUAUUAAAUAAUAAUAAUGACUCCAGCAAAUUCACUUCCAGUAAAAAUUCUCAACGGGAUACAACUGAUGACGUGGAUAUUAAAAUGGAAGAACAUCCAACAACUGAACAGAAAGUUUACCACAUGAAUGUUGAUCAGGAUGAUGGUGAUGAUAAGUUUUUAUCAGAACUUAUAGCAGUACAACAAAAGUAUUCUGAGAACAACGUCAAUGAAACUUCAACUUCCAAUAAGAGAAUUGAGCUAAAUAAAAAAGUUAAAAGGAAUUUUAAAGAGAAUUGGAAUUACAAUAACAUGGAUAAAACUCUAACUGAAGAAACUUGGAAAUCAGUUGUCGAUAAAAUGUCAGUAAAUAUAUUCCCUUUGGUGGAAAAAUUUACUGUCACUGAAUUGAACUCCCAUGACAUGAUUUAUUGGAGCUCAGUAAUAAUGAGGAAUUCAUGUAAGAAAGAUGAAAUUAAUAACAUCAGACAAUGUGCUAAUUUUGAAUGUGGUAAAUGGGAAAGUUAUCCAAGAGAGUUUGCCAAAUGCAGACGUUGUAAAAGGACUAAAUAUUGUUCAAGAGAAUGUCAACUAAAAGGGUGGGCAUAUCAUCGAUAUUGGUGCCAUGAAGUUGGGACCUCUGUGAAUAACAGAACUGCUGCCGACAAAAACCAACAGGUACCCAAUAGUGCAGCUGAUGAUAAUAUUGCCGAAAGUGAACAAAACGGGGCAAAUGGAGACACACAAACCAAUUCUGAUAGUAGAGAAGGCACUGUUGAUGCAACGCCAAACUAUACUGGAAAUUAG